AUGGCCGACCAUCACGAUCACCCACUUCGCCGAGCCUCCACUAGCGAACGGGUUACCACUCCCGCCGUUUUCGCGGAGCUGUUAGUGGCGCCGUGGCCCUUUGCGGGGCGGCGGGGGAGACGGCAGCGCGCGGCGGUGGCGUCGUGGGUGAGUCUGCAGCCCGGCGUGCGAGUGGUGCUGGUGGGGUCCCAUCCCAGCCUGCACCGCGUUGCUGCUAGAUACCCCGGGCGGGUUGUGGUGGAGGAGGAGGUGGAUACGAGCUUCGCCUCAGGCCGACCCUUAGUCAACAGCCUCUUUGCCCGCGCCCGAGCCUCCCGUGCAGGCUUGGCGAUUGUCCUAACCGACCCCGAGGCUGUGCUUACGCCAAGCCUGAGUGUAGCUUUGGAAAAGACACGGGACGUGCAGGGAGACUGGCUGCUGGUGGCAGGCGCGUGGAGGGUUGAAGCAGGAGACUUGGAAGGAAUCUCCGUCGGAGGCUCGGCAGGAGGUACAGGAGCUGGUUCGGUUGAGUGGAGGAGGGUUAGGGUGGGUAGGGAAGCGGGGAGGGGAGAGAACAGUGCAGAGAAGGAGUAUGACAUUGAAGAGGAGUAUGCAUGGGUGGUAACCAAUGUAACAGGAGUGACACGUCAGCUGAGUAUGGAUGAGGCGCUGAGUCAUCUGCAGUCGUCCUCCUUGCUCUCCCACUCGCCCUGCUCGGCCCCCAUCCUAUGGGCCUGGAAUGUAGGCCACACCCCCCUCCUCUCUGGCCCCAUGCCGCCCUUCCGCCUGCUGCAGCCCCAUAUAGAGAGGGGUAGGAGGAGGGGAGAGCAUGAAGGGUCAAGAGGGAACGGCAAGGGCGGUCGUGCGGAGGGGCGGCUAAAGGAAACGGUAUAUCCAAAGGCCGUCUCUCAAGCCACGAGGAACGAUUCUACACACCAGGGGUUACCUGGUUACCACACACCUGGCCGUCGCGCCACAGCACCCUCCGUCCGGGGCGUGUGGCAGCAGUGGGUGCUCCACGAGUGCCUCUCCUCGCCCCUCCGCCUCGUGCUCGAUGCCUCUCCGCUGAAGCCCGUGCUGCUGCUGCCGCCUGAGCGAGCUGCUGCUGCUGCUGCUGCUGCUGCUGCAAUGGAGGAAAUGGGUGACUGGGAGGAGGAGGAGAGGAAGGAGGGAGAGGGAGAGGGAGAGGAGGAAGGAGAGGAGGAGCUGAAUGCCUACUUGGCCAUUUCCUAUGGUUCCUUUCCCCUCGCGCUCUCCUCCAUUCCUUCCACCAGCGGUCGUUCCUUGAAUGAGCGUAGCACAGCCAAGGGCAGCAGCAACGCCGCAGAGAAGCAGCAGCAACAGCAGCAGAGAGUGAGCCGUGGGCCGCGCAUGUCACUUGCAGAUGUGCCAUGGGCGCUUGUCCCGUGCGCCUACCCUGGCGCUGCUGGCUUCUGCUUCCAGCCACGGGACAAGCAGCAGCAACGGGGGAUGGUGGCGCCUGAAGGAGUCACUUCCGAGAAUUCCCACAAGGGGAGGGCACCACCAGAAGGAGGAAACGGGGGGUGGGAUGACGGCGGGAGCAGCGGUGUCACAGGGGAGGGGCAGAGGUGCACUGGGCGGGUUGAGAGGGAGGAGUUGAUGCAGGCAGCAGCAUCGUGGAGGAAAGAGGGGGUGGUGAGGAGGGGGACGCGCAUGAAGAGGGGGGGAGGCAGGGAGAAGGGAAGGGGGAGAGCCACGCAAGAGGAUGAAGGAUUGGACGGAGAGGAGGCUGCAGCAGGAAGGAGAGGCAGCAGUGGGUGGAAGUCUGAAGCAGAAGGAAGAUUAGGGACGGAAGGGACAGGGGGGACAGCAGGGGUCGACAGGGCAAGUGCAGUGGAUGGAGACGAAGCGUGGACAGUGGUGCUGGCGGUGGUGGCUUCAAACUACAGGGAGGUGAUGAUGAGCUGGGUGUGCGGCCUGCGCCGCCUGCACGUGCACAACUACGUUAUAGCCGCCAUGGACAGGGAAACUUACGACUUUGCCCGCGAGCAGGGCCUCCCGGUGUUCCCCCACGCGUACGACGACGCGUUUGGCCGCGACGACUGCCACUUCGCCAUGAAUCGCGGCGGCACCCCUGCGUCGGACCGCGCCGCCGCGCGCCAGCAUCAUCAGGCGCGGCGCGGGGACGACCACCACGAGCCGCCUUCGGCGCCGUCAACGGUCACAAAGCCGGCGCGGAGGCGCGUGGUAAUCUCCGCGGCGGAAGUGCGGCGGCUGAACACGCAGGCGGGGCAGUUGCGCGAGGUGUUGGGGAAGAGCAAGGCGGUGAGCGAGGAGAUGAUCACCAUUCUCAACACCUUCGACACGCGCCUCACCAACCUCGAAACUGCCAUGCGCCCCAUCCAGGCGCGCACGCUGGCCUUCCGCAAGGCGCACGCCAACAUCGACGCCACCAUCCGCGCCGUGGAGACGGUGCUGGAUAAGUUCGACAUCCCGCAGCAGGUGGAACAACGAAUCAAGGACGGUCCGCGUAGAGACUUAGAGGCGUAUCUAGCAGCGGUGGACAUGCUACAGGAGGCGCUGCUGUUCUUUGACUCGCACCGCAAUUACAAGUCGUCGGAGGGCGCUGCUCUGCAGGCGCGUGGGCUGAUGAAGGAGGCCAUGGGCAUGCUUGAAGCUGAUUUCCGGCAGCUGCUCGCGAAUAACAGCAAGCCCAUGGACGUGUUGAAGAUCAUCGAGGCGAUGCCAGAGCUGGGGAUCGAUCUGGCGGGGCUGCCCCCGCCGGCACAGACGCCGGAGAAUCUGAUUCCGGGCAUCGGACCCAGCAAGGGCGGCAAGGGGCCGCCCGUGCUGCUGCUGCCCACGCUCAUAGAGCGGUUGAAUGCGGUGGCAAGGAGGAUGAUUCAGAACGGGGCGGCUUCCGUGUGCACUCGCGUGUACAGGAUAGGCAUCACCAUUCCUCAACUCGUCCCUUCCCCUCUCCUUCCUCUUGCUCCCAGCCCAGGGAGGGAGGUGCGAGGCAACUCGUUGGAGCAGUCGUUGAAGCGGCUGGGGGUGGAGAUGGUGUCGCGGGACGACGGAGGUGCCAGGCAACUCGUUGGAGCAGUCGUUGAAGCGGCUGGGCGUGGAGAUGGUGACGCGGGACGAUGUGCUGCCUCUCCCAUCCCAGCUUUUGCACCCUUCCUCUCCUCCUGCCCUUCCCGAAACCCCUCCUCCCCCCACAGGGAGGUGCGAGGCAACUCGUUGGAGCAGUCGUUGAAGCGCCUGGGCGUGGAGAUGGUGACGCGGGACGACGUGCUGCGCAUGCAGUGGGAGGAGCUGGAGACCAAGAUCGGCAACUGGAUCCAGUUCAUCAAGAUUUGCCAUGCUGUUCGGAUUCGGAAAGCGGAAGCACUCCAUCUCCCGGUUCUCCCCAUCUCCCGGUUCUCCCCAUCUCCCGGUUCUCCCCAUCUCCCGGUUCUCCCCAUCUCCCGGUUCUCCCCAUCUCCCGGUUCUCUCCCCAUCUCCCGGUUCUCCCCAUCUCCCGUUCUCCCAUCUCCCCGGUUUCUCCCCAUCUCCCGGUUCUCCCCAUCUCCCGGUUCCCCUCUCCCGUAUCUCCCCACUCUCCCGGUUCUCCCCAUCUCCCGGUUCUCCCCAUCUCCCGUUCUCCCCAUCUCCCGGUUCUCCCCAUCUCCCGGUUCUCCCCAUCUCCCGGUUCUCUCCAUCUCCGUUCUCCCAUCUCCCCGGUUCUCCCCAUCUCCCGGUUCUCCCCAUCUCCCGGUUCUCCCCUUCUCCCGGUUCUCCCCAUCUCCCGGUUCUCCCCAUCUCCCGGUUCUCCCCAUCUCCCGGUUCUCCCCAUCUCCCGUUCUCCCCAUCUCCCGGUUCUCCCCAUCUCCCGGUUCUCUCCCAUCUCCCGGUUCUCCCCAUCUCCCGGUUCUCCCAUCAUCCCGGUUCUCCCAUCUCCCGUUCUCCCCAUCUCCCGGUUCUCCCCAUCUCCCGGUUCUCCCCAUCUCCGUUCUCCCAUCUCCGGUUCUCCCCAUCUCCCGGUUCCCCAUCUCCCGGUUCUCCCUCAUCUCACCGGUUCUCCCCAUCUCCGGUUCUCCCCAUUACUCCCGGGUUCUCCCCAUCUCCCGGUUCUCCCCAUCUCCCGGUUCUCCCUCAUCUCCCGUUCUCCCCAUCCCCCGGUUCUCCAUCUCCGAGUCUCCCCAUCUCCCGGUUCUCCCCAUCUCCCGGUUCUCCCCAUCUCCCGUUCUCCCCAUCUACUCCCGGUUCUCUCCCAUCUCCCGGUUCUCCCCAUCUCACCGGUUCUCCCCAUACCUCCCGGUUCUCCCAUCUCCCGGUUCUUCCAUCUCCCGACCCCCCCCCGGUUCUCCCCAUCUCCCGAGUUCUCCCCAUCUCCCGUUCUCCCCAUCUCCGGUUUCCCCAUCUCCGGUUUCUCCCCAUCUCCCGGUUCUCCCCAUCUCCGGUUCUACCCAUCUCCGGCUUCCUCCCCAUCUCCCGGUUCUCCCCAUCUAUCCGGUUCUCUCCAUCUCCCGGUUUCUCCCCAUCCUCCCGGUUCUCCCAUCUCCGGUUCUCCACAUAACCUCGUUCUCCCAUCUCCGGUUCUCCAUCUCCGGUUCUCCCCAUCUCCCGGUUUCUCCCAUCCCGGUUCUCCCCAUCUCCCGGUUCUCCCCAUCUCCCGGUUCUCCCCAUCUCCCGGUUCUCCCCAUCUCCCGGUUCUCCCCAUCUCCCGGUUCUCCCAUCUCCCGGUUCUCCCCAUCUCCCGGUUCUCCCCAUCUCCCGGUUCUCCCCAUCUCCCGGUUCUCCCCAUCUCCCGGUUCUCCCCAUCUCCCGGUUCUCCCCAUCUCCCGGUUCUCCCCAUCUCCCGGUUCUCCCCAUCUCCCGGUUCUCCCCAUCUCCCGGUUCUCCCCAUCUCCCGGUUCUCCCCAUCUCCCGGUUCUCCCCAUCUCCCGGUUCUCCCCAUCUCCCGGUUCUCCCCAUCUCCCGGUUCUCCCCAUCUCCCGGUUCUCCCCAUCUCCCGGUUCUCCCCAUCUCCCGGUUCUCCCCAUCUCCCGGUUCUCCCCAUCUCCCGGUUCUCCCCAUCUCCCGGUUCUCCCCAUCUCCCGGUUCUCCCCAUCUCCCGGUUCUCCCCAUCUCCCGGUUCUCCCCAUCUCCCGGUUCUUCCCCAUCUCCCGGUUCUCCCCAUCUCCCGGUUCUCCCCAUCUCCCGUUCUCCCCAUCUCCCGGUUCUCCCCAUCUCCCGGUUUCUCCCAUCUCCCGGUUCUCCCCAUCUCCCGGUUCUCCCAUCUCCCGGUUCUCCCCAUACUCCCGGUUCUCCCCAUCUCCGGUUCUCCCCAUCUCCCGGUUCUCCACCCAUCUCCGGUUCUCCCCAUCUCCCGGUUCUCCCAUCUCCCGGUUCUCCCCAUCUCCCGGUUCUCCCCAUCUCCGGUUCUCCCCAUCUCCCGGUUCUCUCCAUCUCCCGGUUCUCCCCAUCUCCCGGUUCUCCCCAUCUCCCGGUUCUCCCCAUCUCCCGGUUCUCCCCAUCUCCCCGGUUCUCUCCCGCAUCUCCCGGUUCUCCCCAUCUCCCGGUUCUCCCCAUCUCCCCGUUCUCCUCCCAUCUCCCCGGUUCUACCCCAUCUCCCGGUUCUCGCCCAUCUCCCGGUUCUCUCUCCCAAUCUCCCGGUUCUCGCCCAUCUCCCGGGUCUCCCUCUCCGGUUCUACCCCAUCUCCCGGUUUCUCCCCAUCUCCCGGUUCUCCCCAUCUCCCGGUUCUCCCCAUCUCACCGGGUCUCCCCAUCUCCCGGUUAUCUCCCCAUCUCCCGGUUCUCUCCCCAUCUCCCGGUUCUGCUCCCAUCUCCCGGUUCUCCCCUCUUCCCGGUUCUCUCCCCAGUCUGCCCGGUCUCCCCAUCUCCGGUUCUCCCCAUCUCCCGUUCUCUCCCCAUCUCCCGGUUCUCCCAUCUCCCGGUUCUCCCCAUCUCCCGGUUCUCCCCAUCUCCCGGUUUCUCCCCAUCUCCCGGUUCUCCCCAUCUCCCGUUUCUCCCCAUCUCCCGGUUCUCCCCAUCUCCCGGUUCUCCCCAUCUCCCGGUUCUCUCCAUCUCCCGGUUCUCCCCAUCUCCCGGUUCUCCCCAUCUCCCGGUUCUCCCCAUCUCCCGGUUCUCCCCAUCUCCCGGUUCUCCCCAUCUCCCGGUUCUCCCCAUCUCCCGUUCUCCCCAUCUCCCGGUUCUCCCCCAUCUCCCGGUUCUCCCCAUCUCCCGGUUCUCCCCAUCUCCCGGUUCUCCCCAUCUCCCGGUUCUCCCCAUCUCCCGGUUCUCCCCAUCUCCCGGUUCUCCCCAUCUCCCGGUUCUCCCCAUCUCCCGGUUCUCCCCAUCUCCCGGUUCUCCCCAUCUCCCGGUUCUCCCCAUCUCCCGGUCUCCCCAUCUCCCGGUUCUCCCCAUCUCCCGGUUCUCCCCAUCUCCCGGUUCUCCCAUCUCCCGGUUCUCCCCAUCUCCCGGUUCUCCCCAUCUCCCGGUUCUCCCCAUCUCCCGGUUCUCCCCAUCUCCCGGUUCUCCCCAUCUCCCGGUUCUCCCCAUCUCCCGGUUCUCCCCAUCUCCCGGUUCUCCCCAUCUCCCGGUUCUCCCCAUCUCCCGGUUCUCCCCUCUCCCG